AUGGGAGCCAAAAGAAAGAGGGAAAAUCUAAAUGGAAAACCUCGAUCCAAGAAACAAAAAAAGAACAGUUUGCCAAUAAAGGUGGACAAUGCAUCACUUCUAGAGAACAAAUUUGAGACUUUGCAAAACCAUUUAGAUGAAGAGUCUGACUCUGAAUUAAUCUAUGACUACGAUAGAAAGAAGAGUGAAGAGUUAACUGAUGAGGUGGUGUUAAUUGAUAGUGAUGAUGAAUUCAAUAAGUCAAGUGUUGGUUCUGACAAUGAUAAUCUGGAAUCAGAGGAAAAACAUGCGAUAGUAGAUAAAGAAGAAACUCCGGAAAAUGAAUUAGCAAACAAUGAAGAUUUUAUUGGUUUUGGGUUUCUGUCUGAAGAUGAAAGUGAAGAAUUUUUGGACUCUGAGGAUGACUCAUCUUACAAAAACGAAGGUGACUAUGCCAAUGGGGGGACACCAAAUUCUCAUUAUCCGUGGGUUAAAGAUCAUGACCAUUCUAAGCAAAAGGAGAUAGCUGAUUGGCUUACAUUGGAGAUGAAAGAUUUUGUGAAUUACAUAUCCCCUUCUAGUGAAGAAAUUGUCACCAGAAACAAUGUCAUCAGUACGUUGAAAACGGAAAUAGGGAUGUUCUGGCCAGGUACUGAAACUCAUGUUUUUGGAUCUUGUGCAACAGAUUUAUAUUUACCGGGUUCAGAUAUCGAUAUGGUAGUUGUUUCAGAAACCGGAGAUUAUGAGAAUCGUUCCAGGUUGUAUCAGCUUUCAACUUUUUUAAGAACUAAAAAGUUGGCUAAAAAUGUGGAGGUUAUUGCCAGUGCCAAAGUACCGAUAAUCAAAUUUGUGGACCCAAUUUCAGAGCUUCAUAUUGACGUAUCAUUUGAAAGAACAAAUGGACUUGACGCAGCCAAGAGAAUAAGAAGAUGGCUAAUAUCUACCCCGGGACUACGUGAAUUAGUUUUGGUAAUCAAACAGUUUUUACGCUCACGUAGACUAAAUAACGUGCACGUUGGUGGUUUGGGUGGUUACGCUACAAUCAUUAUGUGCUAUCAUUUUUUGAGAUUGCAUCCAAAACUAUCGACUAGCUCAAUGGACGCUUUAGAUAAUUUGGGUGUGUUGUUGAUUGAGUUCUUUGAAUUAUAUGGCCGCAACUUUUCGUAUGAUGAUUUGAUAAUCUCUUUGGACAGUGAUACUGAAGAACCUCGGUAUGAAAAGAAGGCUAACCACCCUAUACUAAACACUUCAAGAAACACCUUUUCCAUUGUGAUCCGAGAUCCAGCUGAUACCACCAACAACAUUACAAGAUCAUCUUACAAUCUAAGGGAUUUAAAAAAAGCCUUUGGCGGGGCCUAUCAACUACUUGUAGAAAAAUGCUACCAGCUAAAUGCUGCUUCAUAUAAACAAAGAUUGGGUCAACUGAUAUUAGGAGAUAUAAUAAAAUACAAAGGUAAAGAAAGAGAUUUUAACGAUGAUCGUCAUAAAGUGGUAAACCACGCAUUAAUCAAUCAUGAAGAAGAGACAGAUGACGAAAGUGAUGGACUCGAUGGCAAUGACAAGUAUUACUUUUCUGAUAUGACGGUGGAGAGCAAUGAGGAUGAAUACGUUCCGCCAAAGAAACGUGCCACGCCAGUCACCAACAAGGCAAAGGACACUAAGAAAUUAGUGGAGUCCUUUUUAAGUCUUGAAGACAACAGUGAUGCUGAUGAGCUGCUAGCAAAAGACAACGCUGGCGGAAUUGAGGAAGAGCCAUAUAUCCCAAAACUUAAAAAAGUGAAAUCAAACCUCGAUAAAGAUAUCAAGAGAGAUUACUGGAGACAAAAGGGUUUAGAUUUAUGA